AUGUUUGAUAGAACAAGGCCGUUUACUUCGAUUUCAUUAGCGACAGAAACACAACAUGUUACAGACUUAAAAACAGAGGUGAUGCAUGUUACUGAGUACGUAUCUCCGGUGCUGCUGACCCAAGCGGACGCUAAUUUGAAUAGGACACUGGCUGUAACUCACACACAACCAGUAACAGAGACUCAAGUUCAACAUGUUACUGUGGUUAAUACUAUUACGGAAUCGUUACCGCCGAUCCAUGUAACAGUGACAAACCUACAAACAGUUCACGAGACCAUUCCUACAACAGUAGUGCAUCUUUCAACAGAGGUUCUAGUACACACUGCCGUGGUAACCAGUAUCGAGCCAACGACAAUAAUCCAUACUCUGCCACCAGUGGUUCACACAGUGGAAAAGCUUGUCACUACAAUUCUAACAGAUCUAGAAACCUCCAUCGUCGAACUAACCAAGACUGAUAUCUCCAUAUUAAAAGACAUCCAAACAAAGACCGAGGUCCAAGUAUCCCAGGUCGUUUCAACAGAAGUCCUAGUAAGCCAUGUUAUCCAGACGAUGGUUGAAACACAAGUACAGCUAUCUGAGAAGACCGCAACCGCGACUGUUCACAACGUUGUCACGGAGGUUAAAGAGAGUGUGGCUACAGCGACCAUUCACAAUUUGGUCACGGAGACCAAAGAGAGUAUAGCUACAGCGACGCUUAAGGAGGUUCAGACUCAGACAGAGGUUGUGGAAAGCGUCGCUACUGCGACGCAGGUGAUUCACAGUAUUUCAACCUCUGUUAUCAAUAAUGUUGUCACGGAAGUCAAAGAGAGCAUUGCGACGGUUAAGGAAUUGCAGACGCAGACGGAGGUUAUCCAUAGUAUCGCAACAGCCACCCAGGUUGUCUCGAGUUUGGCAACGGAAACAGUGAAAGCGGUGGAAACAUUAUUGAGCCACAUUUUCCAGACGGAGACGGUCAACAAUGUCCAAACUCAGACCUUAAAGGAACUUCAGACCCAGACGGAGGUAAUGCACAGCAUCUCAACAGAGGUUGUUUCAAGCAUAGCUACCGCCACGGUCAAUAACAUUCAGACAAUCAAGGAGGUUCAGACGCAGAAGGAGACUAUCCAUAGCAUCGCAACAGCAACCCAGGUUGUCUCGAGUCUGGCGACGGAAACAGUGGAAACGGUGGAAACACUAUUGAGCCACAUUUUCCAGACGGAGACGGUCAACAACGUCCAAACUCAGACCUUAAAGGAACUUCAGACCGAGACGGAGGUAUUGCACAGUAUCUUGACAGAGGUUGUUUCAAGCAUAGCUACCGCCACGGUCAAUAACAUUCAGACAGUCAAGGAUGUGUCGACGCAGACGCUUCACAGCGUAGCAACUUCUGUUAUCAACAAUUUUGUUACCGAGGUCAGAGAGAGCAUUGCGACUGUCAAGGAGAUUCAGACACAGAAGGAGACUAUCCAUAGCAUCGCAACAGCAACCCAGGUUGUCUCGAGUCUGGCGACGGAAACGGUAAAAGCGGUAGAAACACUCCUGAGCCACAUUAUCCAGACGCAAACUGUCAAUAGCGUCCAAACCCAGACCGUCAACAAUGUUCAGACUAUCAAUAACGUUCACACUCAGACAGUCAACAACAUUCAAACAGAGGUAGUGAAGAGCGUCGAAACUCAGCUUAUCCACCAAACAAUCGAUAGGGUGAUAACCGAAUCCAUCAAGAAUACCCAAACUCAAACGGUUCACGCUAUCCAGACCCAAACCGUCGCCAGCGUAGCUACCGAAACCCUCCUCUCCCAUAUCAUCCAGACUGAAACCCGCACGCAGAAUGUCGCCGGUGUGCCCAUGCUCCCAUCCUCCUCGGCACCAACAGUCCACACCUCAUUGCCCGUAAAAAUCGUCACGGCAACGACCACAACCCCCUGCAAUACGACAGCCUCCAUCGGCGCCGGUAAGGCCGCAGCAACACACACAGUGACAGUCGGUGGCACUGCCGGUCUCAUCUACACCCCGUCUCAAAUCUACGCAGCGGUCGGCGACCUGGUACACUUCAUCUUUAUGUCGAACAACCACUCGGUGACCCAAUCCACCUUUGCAGCACCUUGCAACCGCCUAGCAACGGGAAUGGACAGUGACCUCAGGCCAAACCCUAACAACACCAUCGUCCCACCCCCAUUCUGGGCAUACACCGUCACAACUACCGAGCCGACGUGGUGGUACUGCAAACAGCGCGUGGGGAAUCACUGCGGUAAGGGAAUGGUCUUCGCCAUUAAUCCCACUGCCGACAAGACUUUUGAAAUGUUCUUGGAUACGGCGAUCAGGAUUAACGGCACUGCCUCUUCUUCUGUCCCCGCCGCGGCAGGAACAGGAGCCGCAACAACCGCGGUUACCGCCCUCCCAUCUGCAGUAGCGGGUAGCGGUGCUGGGUCCGGAAACGAAAAUUGUCAAUGCCAAUGUUUCUGCCCCACCGCGGCUUACAAGGAAACCACGCAGCUGAGCGCGCAGUCACCCCAUUCCACAACAAUGCGAAUCGUAACUACCCCGCUCCCAACCGGCAACGCUACUAUCCUCCCGUCGGCGAUACUCUCCCCUUCCUCAUCUCUAUCUUCAACGCCCACCGCGCUCUCCCUUGGCACCAGCUCCGUUCCCUCCCCUCCCCCAUCAGCAUCGGGAUCUACACUGCCAUCACCAGCGGCAACGACCCUGACCUCACCCACAGCCCUCGCCGCCGAAACGCCAACAACUACCGCCCCACCCAACGGCGAUGGGUACUCUAGCUCGCUGGUCCUGGGACUCGGCACCAGGAGCACUAGCUUCUCGCAGAUCAGCGUGGACUUCAACACUUAUUCCCUCGGAACGUUGAAGAGUGUUUUGAGCCUUUCGAUUGCGCCGACGCCUAGACCUUAG